AUGAGUCUAUCAGAGUAUAUUCCGAAAGACGAUAAGUCUUCCUACAGUGGCUGCACCCUAAAUUCGGGUGAAUCCGAUGUUGAGGACAUCACCCAUUCGGAUUUUGAGUCCGAAUACAUCCCCUCGGAGACGAGCGAGGAUCGAGAUUUUAUCGUAUCGGAUUCAGAAAGUCUGGCAUGUGUUUCAAACGAGCCUUCAGACACCAAAGGCCCAAGCUACACUUUUCUUGAUGACGUACUCGGCGAUGUUAUGACAGAACAGUGUGUCGAAAGCAUCAAACCGCUUAAAGCAAUCACCAAAAGGACUGUGAAUUAUAACGGCCGUCAAGUGGUUCAAUACUUGGUUAUUUGGUACUCCUGGGAGACUGCAGAAAGUGUUCCACACUGA